AGACAAAGAUGGUGCGAGUCAUGUGAGAAAGCAAAAGUGCAGGAUUUGCUUUGGGAGGAAGGAAGUUACUACUUUGAAUGGGAAGAUGGUUUUGAAAAGCAGGGUUCACUCUUGAGACAAGAAGAGAAAGUAGAAAGCAAACGCAUUUCAUUUCCCUCGAACAUGGCCCUCUCUAUGAGGCGGAGGGGCUCUCAGCCGCCGUCGGAUCCGCCGCCGCGGUCAUCAGAGCCAUACUCGAAGCUCCACAAGCCCCAGAAAUCGGACGCUGGAGAUAAGGAGUUGCGGUGGCUGUUUCCGUUUCUUGCUCUAGGGUUGUUGAGGUACAUGAGUGCCACCUCCAAUAUCAUUCACGAUUGCGACGAAGUCUUCAAUUACUGGGAACCCCUUCAUUUCCUUCUCUACAAAACUGGCUUCCAGACAUGGGAAUACAGUUCACAGUUUGCUCUUCGGUCGUAUUUGUACCUUCUAUUUCAUGAAAUAGUGGGAAGGCCAGCUUCUUGGUUGUUUGGAGAGGAAAAAGUGAGAGUGUUCUAUGCUGUUAGAUUCUUUCUCGGUUUUCUCUCUGUUUCCACUGAGACUGUUCUUGUGGUUGCUCUUUCAAGAAAGUAUGGAAGAAGAAUUGCUUUAUAUGCACUUGCUAUGCUGUGCUUAGCCAGUGGCUGUUUCUUUGCUAGCACAAGUUUCUUGCCAAGUUCGUUUUCUAUGUACGCAGUCUCUCUUGCAUCAGGUUUAUUUCUUCUUGAUAGACCUGCUGCAACAGUUGCUGUUUCUGUUAUUGGUGUAGUACUUGGCUGGCCAUUUUCAAUCUUGGCUUUCCUACCAGUUACGCUUUAUUCUUUACAUAGAAAAUUCAAACAAGCAUUUAUUUCUGGGGUUGUCACAUCAGUAAUUCUUCUUGCAUUAUCUAUAGUUACUGACUUCUACUAUUAUGGAAGAUGGACUUCUUCGGUCUUAAAUCUUUUGAUAUACAACGUUGCUGGAGGCGGUGAAAGCCAUCUGUAUGGGACUGAAGGGCCUCUUUAUUAUCUGAGGAAUGGAUUUAAUAAUUUCAACUUUUGUUUUGUUCUUGCUCUGCUGUUCUUGGGAAUUUUGCCUAUUGCAAAGAAGAAAUACGCACCAGACCUACUGAUUGUGAUAUCUCCAAUAUACAUUUGGCUGGGCUUUAUGUCUUUGCAGCCACAUAAAGAAGAAAGGUUCCUUUAUCCCGUUUAUCCACUUAUUUGUCUUGCUGCUUCGGCUGUCAUUGAGAGCUUCCCUGAUCUUUUCCGUGACAAAUACAAUCCACAUGAUAAUUCUAUAAUUGUGACGGUAGCCAAAGUUAUGAGACCUGUGGUUCUUGGUCUUAUAUUAGUUGCCUCUCAUGCUCGUACGUUUUCUCUGAUUAAUGGUUACUCAGCUCCCUUGGAGGUUUACAAGAUUUUAGAGCACCAUGAUGAUGUUGAUAAUGGUUCUGUACUUUGUGUUGGAAGUGAAUGGCAUCGCUUUCCAUCAUCAUUUUUCAUCCCAGAUUAUGUGGGACAAGUUAAAUGGAUUGAUGAUGGGUUUCGAGGUCUCCUUCCCUUCCAAUUUAAUUCUACCCUGGGUGGGACAACUGCAGCACCACCAUAUUUUAACAACAAAAACAUGGCAUCAGACGAGCAAUAUCUCCAUGAUAUUGAGGCUUGUACUUUCCUUGUGGAGCUGCAGCUAAAGCGACCUUACUUGACCCGUGGAAGUGACUUGUCAACAUGGGAGCCUAUUGCUGCGUUGCCUUAUCUGGACCGCGACCUUUCACCAGCUUUGUAUAGGUCUUUUUUCAUCCCUUACCUCUGGCAAGAUAGGAAUGUUUUUGGCAUGUAUAUGCUGUUUAGAAGAAUACCCAAAUGAUUUUGUUAUGAGGGGGGGUCCUUAAAUAGUCAUCAAAUAUGUUGGAUUUACAGGAUGAUCAUUUUUGUUAGAGACAGUCAGCUUGUAGGGUUCUCCACAUCUGUUGCUGAUUUAGUUGUAAUCUACUUUUACAAGAAAACCAUUUUUGUUAAAGACAGUCAGCUUGUGAGAUUUUCCUUAUCAUUUAGUUCUAAUCUGCUUAAAUGUUUACAA